AUGAGCUCGAUAAGUCUUAAUCCUACAAACAGCAGCAAGAUACUAAAGGCAAAGGAAGCCUAUGAGAACAAUGAUCUCAUUACAUCAAAGGCUGUACACGAUGAAGAGGACAGAAAGGAACCACAUAAAGAGGAGGCAGGUGAAGCAUUAAAGUCUAUUGUAUUUGGUGGUUUGGAUGGUAUUAUUACAACAUUUGCCAUUGUUGCUGCUGCUUCUGGUGCUGGUCUAUCAAGAGUAGUGGUACUAGUACUUGGUUUCGCCAAUCUUGUCGGUGAUGCCUUCGGAAUGGCUUUCGGAGAUUAUGUAUCAGAGAAGGCUGAGGAGGAUCAUCUCAUCAGACAAUCAAAGAUGCUCGAAAAGAAACUAGACUCUGAGCCAGAGAUUGAGAAGGAGAACUUGAAACAAUUAUACAUGACAAAGGGAUUCGAAGAGGAUGAUGCUGCAAGAAUCGUAGAGUUACUCUUCCCUUACAAGUCAACUGUCAUGUCCAUCAUCAUGAUGGAUCAACAUGGUGGCAAUCCAGAUGCAGACGGUUCAAGUGGUGCAAUCAAGAGUGCCAUGGUAACAUUUUUAUCAUUCAUCGUUUGUGGAGGCAUUCCAUUGCUAUCGUUCGUUGUUGCCGGUCACUACCAGACAAAGUCAGGGUUUGACACUGUCUUUGGUAUCUCCAUCUUACUGUUUGGCAUCACAUUGUUCCUGCUGGGCUCAGUCAAGGGAUACAUUUCAAACAAGAACUGGGUUGUAUCUGGUCUCAUCAUGUUGAUCAAUGGUUCAAUCACAACACUGGUUGCAUUCUUCAUUGGCUAUGGAAUCGAGUUGAAGGCCAAUUAA